AUGUCAGUUCGAAGUGCUACCAGUGAACUAAGUAACACCAGUUCACAGUCUUAUUUCACCACUAGUUCAGAACACUCACAUCAUUUGCCAUAUCAGAAGAAACACAAUGGUGAAGCUUGGUGGAGUGUUGGUGAUAUCAUUAAACCUGGAUUAACUCAUCAAAAUGCUGCACUCACCAUGGCGACUAAUGGUGAUUCAGAAACUUGGGAUUUAUCAGAUUCAUUAGCUGAUCUGUAUACAAAUCAAAAUCAGGUCAUUUCUUCCAAGUUUCGUGCCCACGGUAAAUUUGAAGAUCGGAAUAUUGAUAUAACUAAAUGGUUGGAUACAGAUCCCAGUUAUGGAUGUAUCCGAGUGUAUCAUUCGGAACAAGAGUCGUCCUCUCGAUUGUUUCCGUGUACUUUAACUACGCCUGCUCAAAAAAUAUGUCUCCAUUUUGGAAUACCUAGUAAUUCCCUACACAUACAACAGAAUGGGGAUAUAAUAAGACGGUUGGAACCAUUUGAUUGUCCUCUGGCUAUACAGAAUGACUAUCUGACUGGUAUAGGAUACACAGAUCACAGAUGUAGACAGGAAAUAGGUGCUGAUGAUCUCACUUCAUAUCUCAUCAAAUUUUAUGCAGGCAAACCUUUAUCUGAUGGAACAUAUUCCAGAAGUCAAUUAUCAUCCUAUGUAUAUGUUCGUAAAGGCAAGUUAUUACAUCAAUGGGUAAGAAGAAGGUGUGUUAUAUCAGGAACACGUUUGCUGAUCCAUAGAGAUAAAACAUCUAAGCCUACAGUAGUACAGUUAGCUAAGGGUUCAUUAGAAGAAAUACAGAUUAAAGGACAAUCUAAUUGUUUAAGAAUUACAUCUCAUGAACAGGGUGGUCGUUCUAUUUAUUUAUCCUUUGUUGAUGAUUCUGAUUAUAUGAAAUGGUUGAAAAAACUGAAAAAGGCAACAUCCAAAUUGCCAACCAAAGCAGAUUUAUCCAACUGUCAUUUAGAGUUUUUACCAGAAACAGUUUUUAUUAAUGAAGAUUUGAAAGUGUUAAUAUUACGUCAUAAUGCCCUGCGUGACAGACCUAUAGAGGAGGAUAUAUAUACUAUUGGAUGGUUAGAUGAUCUGCCAAGAUUUAGCCACCUUCAAAGUUUGAAUUUAUCAGAUAAUAAUUUGAUGGUGUUUCCUCUACCAGUAUGUAGAAUGAGAUCAUUGAUAGAAUUAAACUUAGCCAGUAAUAAGUUAGAGGAAAUCCCAUCAACAAUCGGUGAUCUUGUCAAUUUAAAGUUACUACAUCUACAUAAUAACAGACUACAAUACUUACCAGAAGUUAUAAUGGAGAUGAGAAAUUUAAAUGUUGUUGUUUUAGCUUUUAAUCGUUUUACAACCAUACCUAGUGUUCUUCUACAAUCUAAACUAGCUGUAUAUAAACUAGAUAGUCUUAUCAUGGCAGGAAACUUAGUGGAAAGUUUGCCUAUAGAUUUACUAAGUGAAAUGUCCCAUGUGAAAAAAAUUGAUCUCAGAAUGAAUAAAUUAAAAGUUUCUACUGUAGACAUGACUAAAUUUUAUUUAUUGCAACAUAUUACUCAUCUAGAUAUUCGAGAUAAUUUAAUUGAGGAAUUAGAUAUUCGUGCAAUACGUGCCCUGGAAUACUUAAAUUGUGAACGGAAUAAACUUACUUCAUUACAACUCAAUGGAAGUGCUCUGAAAAACCUGUAUGCUUCUCAUAAUAAUAUUAAGAUUUUUACCAUCAGCCCAAAAGCUGAAUAUGUUACCAGUAUAGAUGUUUCUUUCAAUGAAAUAUGUGAGCUUCCCUCAUGGAUUGGUGAUUGUUUUUUCUUGGUGAAAAUUGAUGCCAGUCAUAAUCAUCUGAACAAACUUCCUGAGAAAUUAUUAGACGGAGCCCAGAAGUUAAAAGUAUUAAAAGUCAAUCAUAAUUUAUUAACAGCCCUACCUGGUGAAAUCAAAAACUGUAUCAUAGAAGAAUUACAUUUACAACAUAAUUUAUUAUCAAUUUUACCACCAGAAAUAUUUAUUAACUCUCACAAUAUUACUACCAGAAAUAAUUCAUUAACUCUCACAAGUACGCAUUAUGAUAUUUAUUAUCAAUAUGACCACCAGAAAUAUUCAUUAACUCUCACAAUUUUACUACCAGAAAUAUUUAUUAACUCUCACAAAUUACGAUAUUUGAAUGUGACCAAGAAUAAUUUGGUGGAUUUACCAGCACCUAAUAGAAAUGAAUCAUUGAAUAAAUUACAAGAACUCUAUCUCACUGCUAAUCAAGUAGGAAAUCAAGCUGCACAUAAAGUCUGUUUCUUCAGAAGAUUAAGGAUACUACAUCUGGCCAACAAUAAACUGACACAAAUUAAAAAUGAUGAUAUACAGAAGCUCGAACAACUUCAAGAAUUAAAUAUUUCAUCAAAUAAUCUUCAUGAAUUACCAGAAUUUCUUGGUCGUCAUCCUAAAUUACAAGUUUUAAGAGUCAAUUCAAAUUUACUUCAAGAAAUACCAAACUUUAAAAACUCUUCAAUGUUGAAGGUUUUAGAAGUUGGAUCUAACAGACUAGUUAAUGUUAACAUGAAGAAUUUGAUGAAUUCACAAGUUAAUUUAUUAGAUAUUUCUGGUAAUCCUGAUAUUACUGUUAAAUCACAGGAAAUUAAUCAUGCUAAAGCUAAGAAGAUAUGUAUGGUAGAUAUGAGAGGACAGAAUAGAUCAUUAUUAGAUAUCUCAACAAUAGAAACACCAAAAGACAAAAAAUUAUGGCAAAGUGGAUUUUCUCAAACUUCUGGAAUUAGGAAUAAAUUAUCGGUAGCAGUCAUAAAUAAACCUCAGUUCAUGGGUGAAACUGAUUCAUUGUUUUGUGUAUUUGAUGGUGGAAGAAAUGAGGAAGUUGCUAAAAAUUUAUCAGAGAUAAUUCCUGAAAUUAUUCAGAAGGAAAUAAAUGUGAAAGGAAAACAUGGAAAUUAUUUAAAAUAUUCCAUGCUGUCUGGCCAUAGGGGAUUAAGGACACUAGGACAGAGAUUAGGUGCAGCAGGAGGUGUUAUACAUAUAGAAUAUUACACCAACUCUCCACCAAUACUAUAUCUAGCUAAUGUUGGUGAUACAGAGAUAGUACUGUGUAGAAAGAAUAAAGCUGUUUGUUUAUCUCAACUAUUUACUGUAUCAACUAAUCCUAGUGAAUGUCAGAGAAUCUGUCAAUCUGAUGGUAUUAUUACCGAGGAUGGUCGUGUUAGUGGUGUGACAUUUAAUACCAGGUUAUUAGGAUGCAGUUAUUUGUAUCCACAAGUUAUUCCAAACCCUCAUCAAACAUCUACCACACUAACUGAUGAUGAUAAAUUGAUCAUCGUAGCCAAUCAAGGUCUGUGGCAGUAUAUGUCUUAUGAUGAAGCCAUCCAUGAGAUCAAAGACAUCCCUGACCCUGUGGUAGCUGCUAAACGACUACAAGAUCUAGCUCAAGGCUAUGGUUCAAAAGAAAAUAUUGCGAUCUUGGUAGUAAGAUUGUUUUUGAGUGAAGCUGAACGACAGAGAAUCAAAUCUUUAUCAGAUAAACAACUGGAAGGACAGAAACAUUUACUGUCAAUGUUACAACAACAUGCUGAGAUUGAGAGAGAGAAGGAAAGAAUUAAAACGGAAUCCACAUUUGGACCCAUUAAGAUUGAUAAAUCUGGUCAUGUGAAACAAGUAUCUAAAUCUAAGGCUAGACCAGUGGUUAGCUCUGACAUCACUAGGACUAAACAAAUAAAAGAUAUGGAGUCUUUGUUACAACACCGUCUUCGAGAAGAUGUGAAAUAUAAGGAGAUAGAAUAUGAAUUUGGUAAAAAUAAUGCCGGAGAUCCUGAUGCAGAUUUAUACUUUAAUGAAGAAGAUAUUGUGUUAGUGAGUAAAAAUAAAGAUAUCCCAGUUGAAACUUGGGAGUCCAACCUCCAGAAAAGAUUGACAGAGGAAGUAAAAGAUCGGGAGUUAGAGUAUAUGUUCAGCACAGUUGAUGAUGUUGAUGCAGAAGUAGCUCAUGACCAUAAAGGUAAAAAUUGGUCACAUUCUCAGAAAAGAAAUGCCGCAAAAUCAGAGAGUGCCUUAAUGGAACGGAAGAUGACCAUCCCUCAACCGGAAGUUAAUGUUCCUUAUGAAAGAACAGAUUCUUUAGAUACCAUUGCUUCCUUCGAGGAAUUCAGCAAACAGCCAGUAAUACAGCAGAAUAUAGAUAGAGAUGCUAUUCUAUUUCACCAGAUGCAAUUAGCCAGAGCUCAGAGUGCUAGCUCUACUAGUAUAGACUCUACACAGUCAGAUCCCAUGCAUGCUUCUGAAAGAGAGAGAUUCAGCUUACCCAAUAGAAAUCCUUCUCACAGCAUUGAGGUUCUGGUAUCAAGCUCUCGUUCAACCAAACCUAGUACCAAAACACUACCAAUGGAACAGCAUGAAGAAGAAUCAGAAGAGAAUGAAAUCUUUGCAAAAUACGAUGAAAAUAUGGAUGAGCUUUACGCUCGUGUAAAUAAACAGAGUCCUAGUAUGAUCACUCAUCAUGAACAAGAUCCUAAUACUGUAGAUGAUGAUUUGAAGAAUGAAAUAGACAAUUCAGAUAUAGACGAUUUAUAUGCUAAAGUUAAUAAACCUAAACAUUAUAAUCCUUAUAUAACAGAUAUUAAUUCCAACUCGAUAACUAGCAUUGAAAAUUUAGCUGUAACUGAUGACAUAGUUAAUCCUGAGCAACACCUUUCAAAGAAGAAUUUGCAAAGAAGAUAUUCGGGAUCAUCAAACGAAGGUAAUUCUGCAAACUCGUCACCCACUAUACUACUGAGGAAACAGAAAGAACCAGUAGUAGUGAAUGCUUCACCGUCUUCUUCACCAGAAACACCAGCCAGAAUGCAGAGAUCAGAGAGUGAAAAGAGCAUAAUGAUAACCUAUUUAUAG